AUGCUUCGUACGCGGCAAUUCAACAAAGCAAGCCAAGCAAGCCAAGCAAGCAAGGGAGGCAAAGGAAGGAUUCAAAUUGCCAGCUGGAAUAUACUUUCGCAGUCUUUGAUCAAGAGAGAGCUCUAUGAGUCGUCAGACUGUCUCAAGAUCAAGUCGAGGCUGCCACGGCUGAAAGAGGAACUGGGCAAGUACGCAUCGGAUGUGAUAUGCCUGCAGGAGGUGGACCAAUUAGAAGCAUUGAAGGAUUGCCUGCCACGCCACAAGUAUGCCAGCUGUUUUGGCACGCAGAAUGACAACGCCACACCGAAGAAGCAUGGACUGGUGAUAUUCUACCGCGAUAGCUUUACACUCGUGCAUUCCAAAGCGGUGAGCUACGACGAGCACCCCAAGUGGCCACUGUCGCGCAAAACUAAUAACGUCGGAUUGAUAGCCGUGCUGAGCACCGGGGAUGAGCCUAGCGACGGGAUAAUCAUCGCAACCACUCACCUUUUCUGGCAUCCUGCCUUUGUCUACGAGAGGACUCGCCAGACGUACAUACUCAUCGAGCAGUGCGAGCAGAUGAGGCGGGAUAUGGCACUCAGUUACCCUAUAAUACUCUCUGGGGAUUUCAACAGCGAGCCACAUGAGCUGGUGUAUCAGUCCAUCGUCGGCGGUAGUAUUGACGACAAGGAGAGGGAGCGAGUGGGUGUAUCGCGUGUCUGCCACGCUAGCGUUAGCGGGAGUGGGCAUGUGCCUCCAGAACAAGGCGCGAAUCUCCCGAUAACAAAUUCAGUACCCAACGACAAUGCACCAUCUGUUGAUGAGCUGAUUGAAGCAUUCAGCGAUAUGCCCAACUUUAUUUCCGCUUACGACGCGUGCCCGGGUGGUGAACAGCGCUAUAGCCACAGAGACGCGUCUUUGAAGGGCAGAAAGGGCGCCAACGAGCCUUACCUCACCAACUACAUGCCCAAGUAUGGAAUGCUGACUUUGGAUUACAUUUUCCAUGAGAGGGAUAUGGCCACACUGUGUACGCUGGAGGUACCGCACGCAGACACACUCACUGGUGGCCUGCCGAAGCAAGACACGACGGCAUCGGAUCACAUAAUGAUAGCCGCGCAGAACAGCACGGGUAAAUUAGUCGAUGGAUGCUACACCCACACAGAGCACCCAGAUAGCAGCGCGGUGAGCAAGCUCAUCUCCCAGCUGCACGCGCCCAGCAAGCAGCAGGCGACAGGUGGAGCAUUGCUUAAGCACAUGCGGGCAGCCAGCCGCGUCUACCACGACCCACGCAAACGGAGUGUGGUCCACGCGACGCUGCGUAUUUUGCAACAAAUAAACUCACAGACGAUGCCCGAUGGCGCGCUCUACACGCACACGCUCCUCAUCAUCGAUACAGCGCUUUCCCCACCCAUUCCGCCUGACUUGCAACUGCGCGAGCUAGCGGUGACUCUUCUCAGAAAUACCCUGCUGAAAAACCAACACGCGGAAAUAGCACAUGAGUGCAUUACGUCAUUCCACUCGAUUCUCUACAGACUCAACGGUAUGGGCAGUCUGGACGACGCGGAUGAGAAUACGCGUAAUCGCACGCGUAGGAUAGCCCUGCUGGGUAUAGAGGCCGUCUUUGAGUCUGAUGUCUUGGGUGGAUUACCGGUCGACGACCGUCGCAGGGCUAUCAACCUGCUUGUUCCGCCGCUCAUCGACAAUCUUCUUCCCCGUGACACUAAGCUUGAUCUACUCGAGCACCGCGUGUUGCCGUGUAUAAGCAACAAGGUCGACGACCGCAACACAGACGAUGUGCUUCUCGCCACCAUAGCUCUGCGGGUAUACAGGACCAUCUACGCACACUCUGCGACAGGGCGGUGGAUAUCGAUGUGCACGAAACCCACACUCGACUCGUUCGACAAACACAAGCGGUGGCGGGAAGUAGAGUGGGUGUGUUGGGUGUUGGCGCACGCUUUGCAGUGGACACCAGCGCAUUACGCAGCCUAUAUUCCCACGACCAUUCUCGACAUGCUCAUUGAAAGCCAGGAUACCUUCCCUACGACGACUAAGCAGUCAGGGUACCUGCAUAUCCUCACCCACCUCUUCACGCGCGAGUCCACAGUGAACGGGCUGCAGGUGCUAGCUACGCUCGACAGACUCCUCGCUUUCCUCGUUCGCAGAUUUAGACUCGAUGGGCAGGACGCUCUCGGUCCAAUGACGAUCGCUGCUGUCGGAGCACUCGCCAAACACCUCUACUACGCUGACCAGAUAUCCGAUAUGGCGGGACGCGUUGUGGUUGUAAUCAACGAUGUUCAGUUCGCUGAUACUACUGAACGCCGCGAUGACCUACUUCGCCUCCUCCUCUGUGCUCUCGGAGGGGUGAUGGCCGAGGCGUAUGACGGUCCUUCGGAGGAUGGCGCGUUGGGGCUGCAAGAGGCGGAGAAGACGUCCAAGGCAUCUAUCUCAUCCAAGUCGUCCGUCUCCUCACAUUUGCAGCCCUCGCUACAGUCCCCCGCCUCACCCACCUCGCCUAAGGGUAAGGAGAGAGCGGUGCUAGUGUCAGCAAGGGGCGUAGAUGGACGAGAGGCACGCGAGACAAGCAACGGACGCGAUAAACCCGAUACACACUUAACACACUCAACACUCAACACACAUAACUCAAUUGCACCGCGACCACCUCCAUCUCCACCUCAACCUCAAAAUCCGCCUCUUUCACAGCAAACUCACACACGCUCACGCAUCUCGCCCACCGAUAUGGCCUCGACAGUCAGUCUCCUGAUAGAGCCGCGUUACAGUGUGCGCGCGGGGUAUGUGCGCGCCUUGGCAGGAUUCGUGCAGGGCGAGUUCGCUGCAAUACACGUCCACCGCGCCAAGUUGAACUGCUUCCUCACCGCCCUCCAUGCUGCCAUGUGGGUGUUGGCAACGUGUCGCAAUCUUGCAGAUGUGCCCAUCGUGGAAGAGGCAGGCGGCGGCGAGGAGGCGGACGAUGGCUAUGAGAAGGAGCGGGAGGGCAAAGGUGUGGAGGAGAAGGAGAAGGAGGUUGAGAAGAAAGAUGAUAACGAGGAGGAAGAUGAGAAUGAGAAUAACAAGGUAAACAAACACAAGCGGAAAAAUAGCAACAGCACGUUGAACGCAUUAGCACGAUUGAAGCAGAUGGCAAGCCACCGCCACACAACACCCUCUCUACCGAGCAACACGGCGACGCUAACGGACUAUACGCACCUGCUAGGACUGAUAACGUCGCUACUUCGGCGAGGAGGAGCAGAAACGCUGCUAACGAUAGUGCCAUUCCUUCGCGCACUCGAUGGCUAUGCCGUGGAAGUGCAGCUAGGGCCUGGUCUCCAGACAGCUGGGUCUCGGCGGGGCAGCCAAGCGAGCUGGAGUUGGAGUAGUUUGAAUGGAAUGACACAACCCCCCGACUUCAACAUGGCCGUCGACGAGCGGUGCAAAUGCCGCGCUAUCCGCGAGCUUGUCGCUCGUUGCUGGAUGGAGAUAGGGGAAGGAUGGGGCAACGCGACUGUGCGCCAACUUGCUCGAAAAGGUUUGGACAGAUUGGGUGGGAGUGUGCUAGGAACUCCACCACACCUGCACCCAGCAGAAACGCCGUCUUUCACCGUCGCUCCAGCUCCCCCGCUCCUCUUCCCGAGCGAGGACGACUGGGAUGCAGUGCAUGACGGAGAGAGCAGCAGAACCGUGACGGGGAUCGUCGACGAGGUGGCUGCGAUUGAGGAACUUGCCGGUGAUGCUCACGUGCUGCUAGCUACUGGUCUCUCUAGGCUGGAGCUGGAUGAGAGAUUGAAGAGGGUGUGGACUUUCGAUGAUGCUGUAGAAGCGGCGGGGAUGUAUGCGGGUGCCAAAGGUGUUGCGGAUAGCGCGGUAGACGUUUUAAUACACCAUACCAACCAUACCAAACAAUCCAACACCAGACACGUUGAUGUGUACCACCUCAAAGAAGCACUCUCGAAUAGGACAACACCGAACAUAUCGCGUAAUUCAAAGGAAGUGGAUGUAGAAUUAGUUUUGUCUAGAGCGGAAUAA